AUGCGUCGCACCGCGGCGUCCUCGCUCCGAGCCUCGCGCCGGCAUGCCCUCCGUCCUUGCCCUCAUUCGACGCGCUCGCGUCACACUGACUCGCAUCUGGGGACUACCGUCACCCAGGCGGACGACCCAUUGGUGCAGAUCACAACCCUUCCAAACGGCAUUCGAGUUGCGACAGAGAGCACGCCCGGCCAUUUCUCUUCACUCGGUCUUUACGUCGAUGCAGGUUGCAGGUAUGAGACCUCUUCUAACCUGGGCGUAAGCCAUUUCAUCGACCGUAUGGCUUUCAAGACGACCCAUCACCGUAGCUCCGACCAGAUCACCCAGGACAUCGACUCAUUAGGCGGCCAGAUCAUCUGCUCUUCUGCACGCGAGUCGAUCAUGUACCAGUCCUCCCACUUCAAUCAGGGUACACCGCUCGCCCUCAACCUCAUCGCCGACACGGUUCUUAACUCCGCAUUCCUUCCGGAAGAGCUCGACGCGCAGCGCGAAGCGGCACGCUAUGAACUUCGCGAAGUGAGCUCCAAGCCCGAGAUGAUUCUCCCUGAGAUACUCCACGAAGUGGCGUACGGCAACCAAGACCUCGGCAACCCCCUCCUCUGCCCCGAAAACCGGAUAGACCUCAUUGACGGCAAGAUGAUGCGUGAGUUCAUGCAGGAGCGCUACUCCCCGGGACGCAUGGUUUUCGCGGGCGCAGGCAUGCCCCACGAAGAGCUCGUCCAGCUCGUCCAGAAGCACUUCCCCAUAUCCGCGCCCAGCAUCGAUGCCGCACGGUCUACACUCAUCUCGCCGAAAGUGCCCUCUCACCUUCUCAUGUCGUCCCAAACGUCAACACCCAUCUUCAACAAGCUCUCCACCCGGUCGCAGUCCUCGUUCAUGAGCAGUACGCCCAGUUUACCAAAGUCAACGUACACGGGCGGGCAUCAUUUUAUCUAUGACUCGAAUUCGGAGUUCAACCAUCUCUAUCUCGCAUACGAGGGCGCGGGGAUUCACGGAGACGAUGUUUACGCUACGGCGGUUCUGCAGAUGUUGUUAGGAGGCGGGGGUAGCUUCUCAGCAGGCGGCCCCGGGAAGGGCAUGUACUCGCGUCUAUACACCUGGAUCCUCAACCGACUCCCGCAGGUUGAUCACUGCGCCUCCUUCCAUCACAUCUACGCAAACUCUUCGCUAUUCGGCCUGUUCGCCUCCUUCCACCCGAAGAUGGGCCGUCAGGUCAACAACCCCUCGAACCUCCUCCCCCACCUCGUCCAUCAGCUGAGCCUCUUCCUCUACGACCCUGCAUCGCGAUUCGCGGAAGACCUCCCACGCGCCAAGAACCAGCUCAAGUCGAGCUUAAUGAUGUCACUCGAGAGCCGCGCGGUCGGGGUCGAGGAUCUCGGUCGGCAGAUCCUGAUGCUCGGCCGCAAGGUCCCCGUGCAGGAGAUGUGCGAUAAAAUCGAUGCGGUCGACCACCCCACCCUUGUCCGCAUUGCCAACCGCCUCUUUGGUCCCCACUCUGGCGCGAAGCCUACGGUUCUCGUCAUGGGCCGCCAGGACGUCGGAGACUACGCGUCCGUGCUCCAGAAGUAUGGCGUCAGUGCCGGGUGA